AAAUUAUUAGGAACUUAUAACGCAAAAGUGGUAACUUGAUUAACUUUUCUACCAGAAAAGAUGCUUAAGUUGAAAAUCGAAGUAUUUUUCUAUUACCUAUACACUAUACAGGCUAUAAAAACAUCGUGUGUACAGUAUACAGUAUAUAUACACAAAAAAAACACACAUAUUUAUAAAAUCAAUACAGUCAUCGCUCCGCUCAGAAUCUAAAACGCAUCAUUAUGAAACCAAUACAUUUACCGCCAGGAUUUAUAACAUUAAAUAAAAUAUUAUUUGAAAACACGAUUCAAAAUUCAUACACAAUAUUAUGUCAAAUGUGCUAUACUGCAGGUGCUUAAUAUCCACCAGACAAAUUAAGUAGGGACCUAUUAACAUAUUAUUAUUAUCAAUAUAAUAUUAUGCAUAUUGUACAAUAUUUAUUGUGCUAGUCGCACGGUAAAUAUGCGGUUGUUGGACACCCUGUGGUUUUAUCAACAGCCAGUAUCACGAUAUUGUUAACGAACAUAAUAUAAUCAUUAUUGUGUCAAAUGUCAAGUAAUUAGUUUUCUGUGGGACACCGGGAUUUUGUGUGUAUUAAGUGAUCAACUGGUUGCGACUUUGACUUUAAUUAUUGUACACGCACGGGAGAAUGGCUUCGAAUCUAAAUAUGAACGACAGUAGUGCCGCCAUGGAUGACAGUUCGAAGCGACGGAGCUCGCGUUCGAUAAAGCGGAGAAAAUUUGAUGACGAAUUGGUCGAAUCGAGUUUGGGUGUAGGUUUUGGGUCACCUUUGCCAAAAACUCAACGAACACGUACUCAGUCAUUGAACAUAACGUCUACGGGUUCGGAAAUGGAUAAUGCCAUGUCACCAGUUCAUAGUGUUCCUGAAGCAGUAAUUAUCGCAAAUACUACACCAUCUACUUCAACUACUCAACCACGGAAAGUUCCUCCAAACAGACCUCCUACAAGUACCAGUACAUUAAAUACUUUUGCUAAUGCUCCAUCUACUUCAACUGUUUCGACAUCAUCAAAUCGAAAUAGAUCGAGGAAGCAGAAGAAUUUAAAUAAAGAUUUAGGACGUUGGAAACCUACGGAUGAUUUAAUGUUGAUUCAAAGUGUUUUGCAGACCAAUAAUUUACCAAUUGUCCAUAGAGGUGUUAAAUUUAGUUGUAGAUUUACACUUAAAGAAAUUGCACAGAGGUGGUAUGCUUUGUUGUACGAUCCAACAAUUUCUAGACUUGCUGUAUCAGCGAUGCGCAAUUUACAUCCAGAAAGUGUAGCUAAUAUAGAAUCCAAAGCUCUAUUUUCUAUUGCUGAAGAAGAACUCUUGGCUACCAUACAAUCGAACUCUCAACCUACCAUCGAAACCUUUCAAGACUUGCUCACUGAAAAUCCAAACAUAUUCCAUCGAAGACGCACAGCUAAAAGUCUUAUGUGUCAUUGGCAACAAAUGAAACGAUAUUCUUUGCUAUCAGAUCAGUGUAGUGCCUUAGAAAAUCCCAUACCAAUACCAUUAAUGAGUGCAUUAGAAGAUCGAAAUAUUCAUAUUCUAAACAAUGAACAAGAAGUAACCACAUUAACUUCGGAGCAUAUUCCUACGUUUGCUGAAUGUGAAGACUUAUUAAAUGAUCAACAUUUAUUGAUGGAAAGACCUGAUCCCAUACUUGAGAGACAUCUUGCUUUAACUAACAAAAAAAUAAAAAAGGAAAUCAAAGUUUUGGAAGAUGAAUUACCUAGAGCACAAGUGUUAGUGUUUCCAAUGACUGGUAUCAAUCCUGUGGAAUUUGAACCUCAAACAUUGGCUGUGUUACGUGGCCGAUUGGUCAGAUAUUUAAUGAGGUCUAGAGAGAUUACCAUUGGACGUUCAUCAAAGUAUCAACAAGUUGACGUUGAUCUAAAACUUGAAGGACCUGCUUGGAAAAUAUCUAGACGGCAAGCAACUAUACGUUUGCGCAAUACUGGUGACUUUCUAAUUGCUUGUGAAGGUAAAAAGUGUUUAUAUGUUGAUGGAAAACCUUUGGCAGCUGGAAGUCGCUGUCGUCUCAAUCAUAAUUCUGUUUUGGAGAUUGCCGGAUUGAGAUUUCUUUUUCUUAUAAAUCAUCAAUUAAUAAAUACAUUUAAACAAGAAGCCUGCACACAAAACCAGGUGCAGUUACCCGUGCAAAUAGUUAACCAGACACCGCAGAAACAGAAUGCCAAUCAAAAGUCACAGAAGACUACAGUUACAAAAGCUGAAAAACCUGUGCAAACUAUUGAACAGCAGCAGCAACAGAAAAAACUAUUCGAAGAACAGCAAAAACUGCAAAUGGAAGAUCAAGAGAAAAGAAUAUUAGAAGAGCAGAGACAAAAAAUAAUUGCAGCAGCAACAAGAUGAACUAGAACAGCAACUGAAAUUGUUAGAGGCUGAAGAAGAAGAACACAACCAACGUCAACAAAAUUUGUUGUAAACUUUCCAUUUAAGUUAAUAUUUAUAUUAAAAAAAAUUGUAUUUAUUAAAAAAAAAUAUUUUUGUGUACAAUUUAAUAAUAGAUACUAUGAAACUCCUGUGACGUAUAUUACUGUACAUGGGAUAAUAUUUACUUUUAUAUUUUGAUUUCAUGUUAAACUAGUUUAUUACACAACUUUUGAUAUAUUUGUGUUAGAUAUUCUUUCUCAUUUACACAAUUUUUAAAUUGUAGUAUUAGGUAUCAACAAAUCGUUAUUCGAAUGUUAUAUAGUAAGUUGAUGAAUAUGUUAAUUUUACCAACUACUAAGUUUUUUUGUUGUUAUCUUACAGAAAAUCAAAUUGUAAAACUCAGUAUGUGCAUUGAGUUUCAGAACACAUGUGUACUUAUGUAUACUGUACAUUUUUACUUCUAUGCUUGAACUAAGAAGUUGUCAUUGUGCGACAAAAAUUAAUUUUGGUUGCAAACAACUAGUAAAUUGUAUUGGACAUGUUGGGGACACACAUUAUAAAAAUUAAAAACAACAAAUAAAAAUCCAAAUCCCCUAUGGCAA